AUGGUGCAGCACAUCGUGUUCGUCAACAUUCCAUCUGCCGGGCACAUGAACCCGACCCUGCCGGUGGUGGCUGAACUGCGCUCGCGAGGCGUGGCCGUGACCUACUUUGUCCCCCCGCAGAUGCGUCAGGUGGUCGAGGCCGCAGGAGCUACCUGGCAACUCAUGGAGGAGUUCAAAGUCCUCAACGAAGAGCAGAAGGCGAAGUACGUGCCGGAAGGGAUGCCGCCGGAGGACUACGAGUUCCCCAUCAUCGCAAUGCCCGUGGCUGCCUCGCAGCUCCCCAGGCUGAUCUCCGAGCUGAAAAGCCUCAGCCCGCCGGUCACGGCGAUCGUGCACGACCCCUUCUUGCCCCAAGCCCUGGUGGCAGCGCACGUCCUGGGCGUUCCUGCUGUGAGCACGCUGACUAUGCCUGGCCCGGGAGUCAUCGCCAGACCGGCGGAGGUGACUGCGAAGUGGGAGUCCAAUGAGGUUGUUCGCCGUGCACGGAGGGAGAUCCAGGAGAUGUACGGCGUGGACGUCUUUCGCUUCGGCGGUUUGAUGGAGUUCUACUCCCCGCAGCGAAGCAUCGUCACCACCAUCGACGGGCUCUUCGUGCCGCCAGCAGCGGGAAUGCAGCGCGAGCGAUUUGGGAAUUUUCCCUUCACAUGCGUCGGCCCCCUUCUGGACACCAAGGUGAAGCGAGUUUCCCAUCCGUUAGCUUGCAAUGCGGAGCCAAAGCCGUCCAGCGGCUUUCCCUGGGAUGUCAUUGACAGCGCUCUCGCUGCGUCGAAGCGCCUUGUUCUGAUCUCCCUGGGCACCGUUGCGAACUCCCACUUCUGGGAUGAAAAGUUCGGAGCACAGGCGCUCAACAACGGUCUGGAGAACUGCACCGGCAAGGAGAUGAUCCAGCACGUCUUCCGCACGGCCUUCGAAGCCCUGAGAGAGGAGGAGGACCUCUUGGUUGUUCUGGUGGUUGGCUGUCAGCCCGACGUGCUGGAGGGCCUGCCUGCCCCACCUUCGAACUUCGUUGUUCGUGAGACUGUGCCGCAGAUCGAGCUUCUCCCCAAGUGCCACGCUUUCCUGUCGCACUGCGGUGCCAACAGCAUGCACGAGGCACUUCGAUUUGGCAUCCCCCUGGUCGGCGUGCCACUCUUCGGAGACCAGGUCCCCAACAGCCAGUCCGUCGCUGAGGCAGGAGCCGGCGUCGCUUUUGUUCGGCCCUUGAAGACCCUCAGCAGCACCGCCUUGCGCUCUUCCAUCCGACAGUUGGUGGACGCCGCACCUGGCAACCCUUUCCGACAGGCGGCCCGAGGCCUCAGCGACCGCAUGAAGUCGGCGGGGGGAGUCGCACGAGCUACCGAUGUGAUCCUGGAGACUGCAAUGGCACGGCAAUCGGUGAUUGCGGGUGCCUAG